AUGCGUUUCUUCAACCGCAACAAGGAGACCGCGCCCCCCGCUCCUCCCGGCCACGCUCACAAGGCCGACAAGAUACGCACGUCCAAGCGCAGUCAUGGACGGGAGCCAUACAGCAUGGCCAAGAGACCGAGCUUCGGCCAGUGGCUCAAGUGUACUUGGCUGGACAUUGUGACCAUGGCUGUCAUGGGCGCCAUUGGUCUGGGUGUCUACAUGGCAGAUCCUGCUCCCUCUCGCUCGUUUGCCGUCACAUUCGCCGACGGCGAAAUCGUCUAUCCCCAGUUCGCCUACCCCCUCCGUGACGAGAUCAUCCCCAUCUGGGCCGCCGCCCUGCUGGCCGCCCUGGUGCCCAUCUUCAUCUUCCUGGUGAUGCAGAUCCGCGUCCGUUCCUUCUGGGACGUCAACAACGCCGUUAUAGGCCUACUCUACUCUCUCAUCUGCGCCGCCGUCUUCCAGGUCUUCAUCAAGUGGCUCAUCGGCGGCCUGCGUCCACACUUCCUCGACGUCUGCCAGCCCGACAUCAGCCUCGCCGACGACCUCGGCUACAACGAAAAGGGCUUCCAGCAAAUCUACUACACCAAGGAGAUCUGCACCGGCGACAAGAGACAGAUUGACGACAGUCUCGAGUCCAUGCCCAGCGGCCACACCACCGCCGCCUUUGCCGGCUUCAUCUUCCUCUACCUCUACCUCAACGCCAAGCUCAAGGUGUUCUCCAACUACCACCCGGCCAUGUGGAAGCUUGUCGCCAUCUAUGCGCCCGUCCUCGGCGCCUGUCUGAUCGGGGGCGCCCUCACCAUUGAUGAGUUCCACAACUGGUACGACGUCCUCGCCGGCGCCAUCAUCGGCACCAUCUUCGCCUUCUCCUCCUACCGCAUGGUCUACGCCGCCGUGUGGGAUUUUCGUUUCAACCACAUCCCCCUCAACCGCCGCGCGCCGUUCAUGUACACCGUCGAGGGCGCCGAGCUGGCCAACGCUGUCUUCACACGCCAUGCUGGCUGGGGCGCCACCGGCCUUGGUGGUGGACUUGGCCAUGGCGUCGGUCACGGGCAUGGUCACGCCCACGGUCACUCGGGUACGCAUCCGGAUGGAUACAACGGCCACAACGGCGCGUUGAUCCCUCGCCGCGCUGUGGGUGCCCGCCACGAGCCCGCAACCAUGGUCUAG